CACUGGAGCUCUAGAUAUUUUUUGUUUCAGUACAGUUUUCGCAGAAAAAUUAACUACAUGCAUUAAAUCAUUCUUUGUUUGUAACUUGCAUUACAACAUAAAGAAAGAUACUCCUUAGCUUGUAGAUUAAUUUAUACCAUAGAGAAAGAUACCAUUAAGAUCAAUAAUUUCAUUGCAAUAAUCACAAAACCUUUCUUUCAAGUUGUAUAUAUGACUUAACCCUACAUCACUUUCAUGACCCCUCAAGUAGAAUUCUCUUUCUCAAUACUCUUGUCGUUGAAAUGGAAAGAGCCUUUUAAGAUUCAGUGCUUAUCUAUGUCUGAAGCAAUUCCGCGUAAGCACCUUCAAUCCUCGACGAUUAGGAGAACAACAAGCAAAAGAGAGAUCAAUGAUGAAGAUCUCGUUAAGAUUGGUGAGACUAAAGUUCUUGAGAUCGACUUUGAUGCCUUCUUUUCUUACAUGAUGAAGUCCACAAAAGAAGCAGGUGCGAAGGUCGAGAGCUUCGCGCAACCGCUCCAUUUCUUGCACUCUUGCGGCGCGUGCAGGUGUCCCCUCGGAUCAGAACAUGAUAUCUUUAUUUACAGGGGAGACAGAGCAUUUUGCAGCAUCGGAUGCCGAGAGGAAUAUAUGCAAAAUAAGUGCUGAAUAAAAGUUUUCUUUGCCUGAAGGAUGAAAUUUGAUGAACAACAGAGGAUACAUAUAUUUAGAACUAUAAAGAUGUGUUCAUGGAUUUCAAUUGCAAGAGCAUCCUCCAAUGUAACUUCAGUGUAUGUAAAAUAUAUACAUACUGUUGUUUUAUGUUAGUCCCUUUCCUUUUCUCAGAGAAGAUAUUUGUUGAUAAGAUAUUGGUUGAUACAGUGGAUCAAUAGCAUAUGUAGAUAAUAUAUUGAGCAUUGACAUG